AUGGAAUUUGCCACUGUUACAAUUUUAAGGAAUGCAAUAAGGGAGUACUUUAUUGAAGGUGAUCAAGAAUAUGUAUUUAUUGCCAAUGAUUCAAAUAGAGUUAGAGUUAAGUGCAAGGGUGCAAAUUGUGAUUGGAUGUUGUUUGCUUCAAUAGUUAACAAGACAGAUGGCAAGAUAAUGAGGGUCAAAACACUUGUUGACAAGCAUAGUUGUGGCAUUGUUUUGGAAAAUAAAAAGCUGACCUCAACUUGGCUUGCCAAUUACUUUUUGGAGCAAUUUAGGCUAAAUUCGAGUAUGGAAUACAAUGCAUUUAGGGAGAUAACUGCAAAGACCAAGUUCUCACAUGUGUCUAGCUGGACAUUUUACAGAGCCAAGACAAAAGCAAUGAAGAUGUUGGAAGGGUCUGUCAAGGAACAAUACGCCAUUCUUGAUGAUUACUGUAAAAGGUUGUUGGCUACCAAUCCUGGCUCUACUGUGAAGUUGAAAACUGAUUUGGUUAAUGGGAGAAGGACAUUUCAGCGAUAUUGUAGGGGCAUUUUAUUGGCUGUAGUAGGCAUUGACGGUAAUAACUCCGUGUUUCCCAUUGCCUACUGUGUUGCUAAAAAGGAAAACACUGAGAUUUGGACUUGGUUCUUGGAGCUAUUGAAGGAUGAUCUUGGGAAUUUGAGUCCUACCAAGGUGACAAUGAUGAGUGAUCGUCAAAAAGGAUUAGAAAAUGCAGUGAGAGCCAUCUUUAGUGGGUGUGAGGAAUAUCCUGGACUUUUACUUAAGCAACUUUUGUGGGCAGCAGCUAAUAAUACAACACAAGCUGAUUUUGCUCGAGCAAUGCAAGAAGUCAAGGAUGUCUCGGAUGGCCACAAGAGAGAAACAUGCAAAUCUACUAAGGUGGUUGAGAAUCGUGUGGUCAAAAAGCGAGGUCGUCCACCACUGCAGAAACCAACUGAAGCCACACUUUUAAGGAAGGAAAGAAGACUGAAACAACAUGUUAAAGGAGGAACUAGUGGUGCAAAGAAUGCUCAACCCGAUACUGUCUGA